ACCACAAUUUUCCGUAUUUUUCGUGGAAAAAGUGCGAAAAAUGGCAUAAAUUGUCGCCAAAUCCGACGUUCCAGGACUACCGCACACACGAAGCAGUCCAAAAAGUGUGAAAACACAAGAAAAACGCCGCCAAACGGAAUAAUUAAAAAUUGUGCGACAUAAAGUUUUGCUAAUACAACAAAAAACGCAUCAACUGGUGAUAAAAUUUUCGAUCAAUUAACUGAGACGCAAUGUCCAGCAGUAGCUACAAGACAUCAAAUAACAUCCCGACAAAGCAAAAAGCCGAGCCAAUGACAAAAUCGGCGCUGUCUUCGUCGUCUAGCAGCAGCUCGAGCGGGAGUGAUGACUCGGGAUCGUCUUCCGACAGCGACACAUCGACGGUAUCCUCGAAAAAGAAGUCGAGUGUUCAAGAUUCGCCGACAAAGAUGCCGCAAUUCAGCGUUACGAGUUCGGGCUUAAAGAUGAAAAUCGCCUUUCCGCGUACAGGAACCCCCCAACCCUCGAUGAGCGGAAGUCAUGAGCAACUCAAUGGGCAACAGCCGACACAGGAGAAAAGACGCUUGCCGACAAAAAAGUUAAUCCCUCACAACAAGCCUGUGACUCAUGACAAAUCCGACACAGACAGCGAAAGUUCGUACUGUACCGACUGUGAUAGCGACGAAUCGAAUGCCAGCUCGACGCGUGCCGUGCAAAAUAACAAACGCAAAUCCAGCUCCGUGCACAGUGGCAGCAACAAAAAUGCGAGUCGAGGAGGUUCAACAAGCAGCGGAGAAGCGAGCGAUUCGAGCAGCAACAGCAACACAUCCGACGACGACGAAAAAUCGCUCCAAGAAAUCAACGCUGACGACUUAAAUGCCAUCUUGCCAUCAACGGACACCUUUUCGGGUAGCUUAGCAUCGCGAUCUCUGACAAAUAAUGCCGAAGAUUCGUCGAGCGAUAUGGAAUUACCUGCAAUUGCGGCUCUAAUUCGUCGUGUCGAGAGCGAAUCGGAUGCAGAUAGUGCUCGUGCUGUCCCCCGCGUGCAAUACAACUCAAGUUUAUUGCAAGAUUUUGUCGCAAAAACGCAAAUGUUGGGCAACGGAACGACUUCAGCAUCGACAACGACCACUUCUGGCACAAAUGACACCAAAAAUGGCGCGAAAAGUGCUCCGCAAACACAAAAUGCGCCCCUUCCGCGUAAACGGGGACGCCCUCCGCGCCAAAAUCCCUUGCCAUCGACGUCGAAUCUCACGAACGGGCUUGUCAGCGAGUCUCCUGACUCGGGAAUUUUAUCAACAGUAAGCCCGGCGCCAUCCCCAAGAAACGGAAACUUGUCGAAAGCACAAAUAGCCAAAGCGGAAAGUACAAAAAAGCCGAAUAAGAAGCCCGAAACACCGAAAUACAGCAGUCUUGCCAGCAGUUAUCCCAUGGAACGUGUCUUGUAUCCGCCGCGACGCAAAAAAUCCAGCAACAAAGAUCGUUCGUCGUCACACAAGCCACUCAGCAAAGACGAAGCACUCGAUCCGAUGUGGAAAAAAAUCGAUUUAAACAAGAAAUUUCGUGAACCCUGCUUGGAUGGAUACAAAUCUGAUGGCGGGCACUCGAUUUGUUGCAGUAAACGACUCGCGGCGAAUAGCGGAUAUGUGAGUGAUUAUUACGGAAGUCGCGGAAAACGCAGUUUAUCGGGCUAUAAAUCGGAUCACAGUGUAAAAAGUCGCGGGAGAAGCGGAUAUCGCACGGAUUUCAGUAGCAGGGCGAAGAGUUGCGGGUAUCGCAGUGACUGCAGCAUCCGACAUCGGAAGAAAGUCCGACGUAAACGUCGAAAAAAGAUCGGAAAUGGAUCAAAAAGUGCCAUCGACGAGCUAAGUGACAUCUUACAAUUGGGAGCUUUAACGCUAGGAACGAGCAGUAACACAAGCAGCAGUCGCGAAUCGAUCCCAUCGACAAGGGGAAAGACUCCGCCGCCUCUUUUACCGAAAAAAGUCGAACAAAAAUUGACAUUGACGAAGUUCAGUAGUCUCAUGGCAGCAUCAAAGCCUAAAUUUGGGGCUUCUAUUCAAGUACCGCCCCCGAAAUUGGGUCAAGCAUCGGCUUUUGGGAAGAAAUUGACGCUUCAAAAGAGCGCAGCGCCCAAAUUACCGACACUUUCACGCGCCAAUGUCGAGGAACAUGCGGCGAAACAACGAAAAUCCAGCACCAAAGAUAUUCUCGAGAACUUGUGUGAACGUGUGACACAAAGAGUUCGUCAUCCGGAUGAGGAAGGGAACGAAUCGCCAUCAAUUAAGCCCGCCAUGAGUGUUCGUUCGAAAAGUAUCGAUGGUCGAUCGAUGAAAAGUCGUCGUACAAGUGCUUCCCGACGACAUCGACGCAUGUCAACGAUGAGUCGGUGCAGUAGUCGUUCGUCUCGGAGUCAUUUUAAGCGACGCGGGCGACGACGAGGCUCGAAAUACAAGUCACGAAGCUCCCUACCGGGCGGCGGAAAAGUCAAUGAUGCGAAAAUCUUGCUCGAAAUCGAUCAACUGAGCGAUUCGUUCAAGGCGCUUUGCAAAAUUUACGGAGAGAAAAAUGCGGAAAAGACUGUUGGAGGCAAGGGAAGUGCUGUGGGCAACAAAAGAGGACCCAAAAAGCGAAAAACGAGCGAUAACGCGGAAUCUUCGGCAGUAACAACAAGUACUCCGGCAACAAAACGUCGAAAUAAAAAAUCUGCACAAACAUUAACGCAAAGCCCGGAUGAUCAUAAACUUCCGUUAAAGAAACGACAUUAUCUUUUAGCUAACGGAGAACGUGGCGGCGAAAUCAGCGACGACGACGAAGUCUCGGGAGCCGAACAAAAACGCAAAACUCAUGACAAAAAAGAUUUCGAACGACUUCGAGCGCAUUACGAAGAAGCAAUCGAAUCGUGUAUCUCGAAAUACGGGAGUUCGUCGCCCAAAAAUAAGGAUUCAAGUAAAAAUGUGAGCCCGAAAAAGAGACAUUUGCUGAAGACAACGCAAGAAAAUGUCACUGCUCCAUUGAGUGUUGAUACAAAAGCAUCGGAAAGCGGGAAGAAACGAAAUAAUGCCGCGACUAAAAUAUCGCCGACGGAAAAUGGGGCAGCGAAAAAGGCAAGUGCAGCACUUUUGAGUCCCGAUUCGAAGGGAGUGACGAAGAAACUUAGAUCUGAUCCGUCGAAUUUUAAGUCGUCAGCGGAAAAUGGAAGUGCGAGUGAUAAAACGAGUGUUGGCAAGAAAGGAAAACAAGAAUCUCUUACGAAGGGGAAUAAAAAAUUGGGACAUGAGAAGGGUUCGACGAAGAUUUCAGUGCCAUCAAAGACCAAAUCGAAGCAAGACCAAACAUCAAAACUCAACAAAAAUUCAUCAAAUAUUCCGCCAGGCGUUUUCGAGCCGAGCUUUGAUCUUGAACUCCAAAUUCCUGUUUCGACAAUCAACUUUGCGGGAAAAUCCGAGUUUAGUCCCGAAAACAAAGGCAAGAAAGGAAACACGAACAAAGCAGCCGAAAAAGUUGUUGAAAAACUCUUAAGCAUCACCGGAGGUCAUUUACUGUUGAAGAAAAAGCGUCGCAAGGCAAUAAAUCGCACGGGAUUCCCUUCGAAAAAGAAGAAAAAACUCGUAAAAGUCGAAGAUUCGGGAGAAAAUCGUCAAAAAAUAUGCGAUCGCGUCCCCGUCGAAGGCGAAGACACGAAAAAAUUCAUCGAACGCAACCGAAAUUCGUUGUUGGAGGACGACGUUUCGCCAUCGCGAUCAUUACGAACACGCGAAAAACCGUUGCAAGACAAAAAUAAAUCUUUGACAUCCAAAAAAGGCGAAAAGAAAGGAAAACGCGAACGCGAGGAAACCUCACCCGACGCAGCGCCAAGUAAAAAAGUGAAAAAUGGACCAAAAACGCCGCGUGACAAAUCUUCCGACAGCGAACCUCUGAUAAAUCUCACGAAAAACAGCAAAAACAAAGAAAAUGACGACGUGGAAAAAGUGAAACGCAACAAAGAAGUGCCUUGUUCCUCAUCCGCUGGCACGAAAAGCAAAUCAACGCCCAGCAAACGUCCUUCAAUUGAAGAUGCCAUCAAAGAAAAAGACAAAUUAACUGUCAGCAUUGAACGUUUGCCGGGUUUGCGGAUACCAGAAAAAGGCACAAUCGAGUUAAAAUCUGUCACUCCUCAAAAAUCUCGAGGACGACAACUCACAAGACGCUCCGAUCUCGAAUUAUCGAAAGAAAAAUCGAAAAAUCACGAGAAAUCUCAUUCUUUACCAUCGACUCCCGUGAAAAAUUUGGACCAAAUCACGCGAUUAGAGAAACUUACGCGCGAAUUUAACCAAAAAUUCGCCGUCGUCAAGUUAAAAUCGCUCGACGACUCGAGUUUCGUGCCAAGCAGCAGCAAAAAAGACACGGAAAUCAUCCACAGACCUCGCGCCAAAAGCGUGGGACGAGGAUUGCUCGGAAAAGAUGCCGAAACUGACGAAAUAAAGCGUGACCUUGAUUUGACCUUCAAGCGUAAACAUCAGGAAAGAUCGAAAUCAGUGGUUCGUUACAUCGGAAUGCAACCCGCCAAGUUGAUGCAGGAAAAUAUUUUGCAAUCUCGGAUGCGAUCUCGUGCCAAAAGUGUCGUUCGUCAAUUAUCCCCCGACAAAGAAGAGGCUCAACCACGUCAUAAACGAGCAAAAACUGUGGCGCGAACAUUUUCAGCGGAAGAAGAUCAAGUUUUAACGAAAAAAUCAAAGGAAAGUCACAAGGAAACAUCAAAAAGAACGAGUUUGGCGAACAAAAAAGAGCCGAAAACGAAAAUUUCAGACAAAAAAUCGAAAGAAACGAAAGAAGUACCCGCAGAAAGUCCUCCAAUCAUCGAAGAUCACGGCGAUUUGGAACUUUUGAUACCGGCGAAGAAGUUACAACGCAAGAAAAAGUCAUUAAAAGUCGAGGAAACGACUGUUGAACAUCCAUCGCCUUCAUUGUCGACUCCUGAAGCGUCAAAUUUACCCUUAAAACCCAUGCCUGAAGUUGACGAGCUCGAACAUGACCCCUUGCCAUACCAAUCUGGCGUGGAAAUUUUCUUCCCAACUGAAGUUCCUGCCGAAAAAGAGCGCAAAGGCAAGAAAAAAUACUUAAUAGCGGGUCUUUUCUCGGAUUAUUUCAAAGAAGACCCGAAAUCUCGCACCUCAAAUGCAAAAAAUGUCAAUUUAAGCGAGGUUUCUGUAAGUCUUCCGCCUCCGCCGUACUGCGAACGAUACUUCCGUCACACGGAAAGUGACUUCCAACUCCCAUACGACCUUUUUAUGGCCACAAAAGCUGGAAAGCUCGCCGGAAAUAUCGCAAGUUGGCAUUUCCGGAAGCUCCGUGUGAACAUAUAUGCACCGGAUGUUCGUCCCACGCCCAUUCGCCCGAACGAUCAGCAAGUUUGCAGUUGCAAGCCGGGUUACGAUUGUGCGGAAAAUUGCUUAAAUCGCCUCGUUUACACGGAAUGUAGCGUCGAAACGUGUCCCAGUGGCGACAAAUGUCAGAACACGAAGAUACAAAAGCAUGAAAACGCUCCCGGACUCGAGAAGUUUAUGACGAGCAGCAAAGGUUUUGGGGUCAGAUGCAAACUUCCGAUAAGAAAAGGGACAUUUAUCUCGGAGUAUUGCGGCGAAGUUGUCACGGAAAAGGAGUUUAAGGAUCGCAUGCAGACCGUUUACGUGAACGAUCAACAUCAUUACUGCUUGAAUUUGGACAAGGGACUCGUCAUUGAUGGGCAUCGGAUGGGCAGCGAUUGUCGUUUUGUGAAUCACUCGUGCGCGCCAAAUUGCGAGAUGCAAAAAUGGUCGGUUAAUGGACUCUCCCGUAUGUGUCUUUUCGCGUUACGUGACAUAGAUCCACUCGAGGAACUCACUUACGACUAUAAUUUCGCGCUUUUUAACCCCGCAGAAGGUCAAGAAUGCAAAUGUGGCUCGAAAGAAUGUCGCGGCGUGAUUGGAGGCAAAUCCCAAAGAGUCAAACCCGCUUUGGAAGAAGACAAAAAACGAUCUCGCAAACAAAAAGCGAAGAAAAAUCAACCUUUGAUACCAAUCAAGUACGGAUCUUUGCUUCCCGCCUUCGUUCCGCCCACAGAACAUGAGAAAUUGGUAAUUGCUGAGCAUCAUUGCUUCCUCAUGAGGAACUUGCGGAAGGUCCGGAGGAACAACGAACGUCCCUUGUGUCCUGUAACGACGCCAAAUGCUCCUACAGUAAACGGCAAGGACCCCACAACGCCCGUUUCGAAGUCGACAACUUCAUUGUCGGUACCGAUGGCAGCAGUUCGAGCUCCGCGUAACAUCCGAACACGUGGUUUGGCUAUUUUUGAGGAUAAUCCAGAGCUGGAAAAGUCCGCGAGAGUCGCUGUGGUGCUCCGGAGUGUUUGUGAUGACAUCCAUUCGUUCAAGGAGAACGAAAAUGACGCCCAAACAUUGAUUUCGAAGAUCUCCCUGCCAAAUAAGAAAAAACUUCCGUUGUAUUACGAAAGGAUUUUGAACCCGUUGGAUCUGAAUAUCAUCGAACACAACGUCGAAAAGGGACUUUACAACAACCCCCGCCUUUUUGAUGAAGACGUAAAACGCAUGUUCAACAAUGCGAUCAUUUUUUACGGGAUCUCGUCGCCAGAGGGCGCUGCAGCGCAUAAAUUAAUGGAGUUUUAUCUGUCGAUCAAGGAUAAAGCGGCAGAAAAAUUGGAUAUUAUUCUCGGCGAUAAGCAACUUUUGGAUGAAUUUCUCAAGGGAUUGCCUAAAAUCAUCCCUCUUAAAGGCAAAAGACCCAAAGUUGAGUCAGAAGAUGUCAUUCAGUGCAUUUGCGGUUUGUACAAAGACGAAGGUCUGAUGAUCCAAUGUUCGAAAUGCAACGUUUGGCAGCACAUUGAAUGCACUCGAGCGGAUCCCGAAGCGGAAAAUUACCUCUGUGAGCGAUGUGACACGACAAAAAAGGUCGAUUAUGAGAUUACGCUCAACGAACACAACGAGGAUGGACAUCAGUAUUAUUUGUCGUUGAUGCGGGACGAUCUCCAGAUACGACAGGGAGACACAGUUUACGUUUUACGCGACAUCCCCAUGUCUCCGGAUAAGGAAAAUCCCGAUGCUCCGGUGCGGAAACACAAUUAUCGCACAAUUGGUGACAUCGAUUUCUGCCAAUGUGACAUUUUUCGCGUGGAAAGACUUUGGAAAGAUGCGGAGGGAAAGCGUUUUGUGUACGGGCAUCAUUAUCUCAGGCCGCACGAAACGUUCCAUGAGCCAACGCGGAAAUUUUAUCCCUGUGAAAUUCUCAGAUCGCCACUUUAUGAGGUUGUGCCCAUUGAUCUCGUGAUGGGACGAUGCUGGGUUCUCGAUCCGACGACUUUUUGCAAAGGAAGGCCCGUGGAAAGUGCCGAGCAACAUGUGUACAUUUGUGAGAUGCGGGUUGACAAGAGUGCCAGUACGUUCGCGAAAAUACCGAAACAUCAGUAUCCCGUUUGCACGAGAAGUUAUGCGUUUACGCCGUUCGAGGAGAAACUGAAAAUUGCAAAAACGUUUGCGCCGCAUGACGUAAAAGACAUUAUCUUGCCAAAGGAGAAGAAACGCAAAACGAAGCACGAGGAAGUUCAGCAGAUUCCGCGAAAAUCCUCACCCAUCAUGCAGUUGAUGGCACAACCGCCUAAAACGGCAAGCGAGAAACGUGGUCGACUCGAAGAUGUCUUAGCGCGUCUCAUGACAACGAUGGUACGUGUUCAAAGUGCAAAGGCAUUGCCAGCUGUGGAUUUGUCUUAUCUGGUAACUGGCAGAGGAGCGCGACAACGACGUCAAAAUGCAUCAACACCUGUUCCGACAACUUAAAAUGUGAAAAAGUGAAAAAAAUUAAAUUGAAAAGCAAUCCGUCUCGAAAUAAUAGAAAAAAAAGUAAGAGAAAUCGUACAAAACAAGAAAUAUUUUUCCUUAUAAAUAAAAUAAAAUUUUUCAUUCAAUUUAUUUCUUUCAAACAAAAAAAAAAGUUUGAAAGAAAACUUGUUCGAUUUUAUGGUUUUUUGUAAAAAAAAAAGGAGUAAAUAUAGAAAAAUAAGUUCAAUUAUUAGAUAUA